AUGCAAGACGACAGUUUAGAAACCUCAACCUCAAUAUCUCAGCUUCUGAGAGAAAGUUAUUUAGCUGAAAAUAAACACCAGGAGAAGAGUGAAAGAAGCAGAUCAGAACCAACUGCUCAUAAUUUCCAUUAUGGCAAUGCUUCUGGUGAUUCGGAUGAAGUAGCUGCCCAAGAUGACCUUCCAGAUCUCUCUGCCUUUUUAAGCCAAGAAGAGCUAGAUGAAAGUGUAAACCUGGCAAGGCAAGCUAUCGGUCAGAAUCCAUUGGAAGCUAAACAGGAUGAGCUUCAGGCACAUUCACAGCGUCUCCCAGAACAGCUGAACUCCAUGGGAAAACACAAACAAAUGGCCCAGUCUACAGCUUUGAAAACGUCAGACAAUGGCCUGCACUCAAACUUCUGUCAGGACCACGUCAGAAAUACGAAGGGCUCCAAAGGGAGCUCUCAGGAUCUAAAGAAACACCUCCCUUCCGAAUCAGAAUCAAAAAAGGAAUUCCUAAACAAGGCGGCAGAUUUUAUUGAGGAGCUCUCGUCACUUUUCAAAGCUCACAACUCUGAAAGAAUAAGACCCCGAACAUGCAAAAACUACAGGAGCAAAAUUGAUUCUAAGAAUAAGUCUGCUCAGAAAGGUGGCUCUAGCCUAACUAGCACAUCAGAAAACAGAGAAAGGCUUUCCAUUCCAGUGCCUCAAGACUUGGAAAGCAAAGCAGAGAAAACAUUUGAACAAGCAGAUGACCCACAGGCAGCAAACCUGGAAUCUAUCAGUCAGUUAACAAGUGCAGAGCUAAAAACCGAAUCAGAAUCUGCAUCUGUAUAUUCUGAUGAGCCUAUGGGACAACCACCGCGCUUUACUCAAAAACUGAAGAGCAGGGAAGUUCCUGAAGGAACCAAAGUGCAGUUGGACUGCAUUGUGGUAGGAAUCCCAGCACCUGAAGUCAGGUAA